AUUUAUUUAUUUAUUUAUUUGCCAGACAGAAAUUGGCACAUUCAUUGCAGUCAAUCUCACGAACCAUGGACAGUGGACUACCUUUUUCAUCAAUGUUGAGUUAUUUUGUAGUUUUGCUUAAAUUCUGUUUCAAUUUUUAUGUUACCUUAUUAUGCAUACAACAAUUCAGUCAUAGCUUAUGGACUACUGGAAUUUUGUGGACCCCUCCAUGGGCUGUGGACCCAUAUAAUUGUCACCAGUGUUCACCUUACUACAACAGCCCCAGAUUCAGAGUUAUGUCUGUGCAACACCAUACACACUUAUAUAGUCUAAUAAUAAUAGUGCAUUUUGUUACAUUUGCUUUGUGAGCACAGUGAAGGUCAUUUUCUAUUGAAACUGCUUUUUUAAUUUAAAAGUUCAUUUACCCGUCUACUGACAAAACGUCAAACUGUCAAUUUUGGACGUUAUACACAUUAGAAAAUAAUCAUCUUAAGUGUAAUUUUUACAGAUUUCUGAGUGGAAACUGAUAUCACCCAAGUGGACUAACAACAUGCACCCUUACAUGCAUGUGAAUGGUACUGUACAAUGCAUCUGAAGUAGAUGAAAUAAUGAAUCACUGUUUUUUUGCUGAAACGCAUCAGUGUUAGAAUAAUAUUUACAUAAAAUUUGUCAUUAUUGUGUUGCGAUGUGGGGGAAAAGAAGCAAAGAAGUAAAUUUUACCUAUGCGAUUUAAGCUGCUUGUUGUACAGUUCCAUUGAUAAAAUAUAUGAAUUAGGCGGUUAUCAGUUGCAGUGAAGCAGGCGGACAUCUAGUGGAAGUCUUGGGUAAGUUUCUGUGCUGAUCUCACGGGUAUAAAUAGUGAAUAGUGUGCGCGUUGUGUGUGUGUGUGUGUGUGAGUGUGUGUGUGUGUGUGUGUGUGUGUGUGUGUGUGUGUUUGGGGAAGGGGGGCGGGGGAGGAGGGAUCCAGGCUUCUCUUCAAGGACUUUCCUCUCAUACUAACGUCACUUGUAGGACCGGCUGCAAAAUGCACAAGCGCUUUCACCUGUGUGGUUGAGACAUGUCGUAUCCUCAGCAUGCCUGAAGAAAUCGUGUGCUCCACCUAGGAUAAAGCGGCACGCGCUGUGGAGAAGUUCCCGUGCAUCCAGACGCGGCGGUACCAUGGAGGAAACACUUAAAGAGCAGGACAUCUGGGCUCUCAACGACUCGUGGAGAAAUGACAGCUUCGGCAACGACACGGAUAGUGCCAAUCAAACGGUGAAUCCCCUGAAGCGCAAUGAGGAGGUGGCCAAAGUGGAGGUGACGGUGCUGGCCCUGGUCUUGUUCUUCGCCCUCGCCGGGAACCUGUGCGUGCUGCUCGCCAUCCACACGGCCAAGCACGGCCAGUCGCGCAUGUACUACUUCAUGAAGCACCUGAGCAUCGCCGACCUGGUGGUGGCCAUCUUCCAGGUGCUGCCCCAGCUCAUCUGGGACAUCACAUUCCGCUUCUAUGGGCCCGAUUUGCUGUGCAGGCUUGUGAAGUACCUCCAAAUAGUCGGCAUGUUCGCCUCCACCUACAUGCUCGUGCUGAUGUCCAUAGAUAGGUGCCUGGCCAUCUGCCAGCCGCUGCGCUCCCUGCACAAACGGAAAGACCGCUGCUACGUGGUGUUGUCCUGGGUGCUCAGCUUGCUCUUCAGCAUCCCGCAGGUGUACAUCUUCUCUCUCCGGGAGGUCGGAUCUGGAGUGUACGACUGCUGGGGAGAUUUUGUGCAGCCGUGGGGUGCCAAAGCCUACAUCACUUGGAUCAGCCUCACGGUCUACAUCAUUCCUGUGGCUAUCUUGAGCAUUUGUUACGGUCUCAUAAGCUUUAAGAUCUGGCAGAACUUUAAGCUGAAGACCAGGCGCGAGCAGCAGGUCGUCACUCUGAGUCCCACAGCCGCGCGAAACGGUGCGCUUUUGGCGCGCGUCAGCAGCGUCAGGCUCAUCUCCAAGGCCAAGAUCACCACGGUCAAAAUGACGUUCGUCAUCGUGCUGGCUUACAUCGUGUGCUGGACUCCGUUCUUCUUCGUGCAGAUGUGGUCGGCGUGGGAUCCAGCUGCGCCCCGGGAGGCAAUGCCCUUCAUCAUCUCCAUGCUGCUGGCCAGUUUGAACAGCUGUUGUAACCCCUGGAUCUACAUGUGCUUUGCUGGACACCUGUUCCAUGACCUGAAGCAGAACUUUCUGUGCUGCCCGGCACACUACCUGAAGUCCUCUCAGUGCCGCUGUGAUCUGGAGCACAACUCGAGCCGCAAGAGCAACUCCUCCACUUAUGUCAUGAAGAGCACCAGCAGCCAGAGAAGCAUUACCCAGACAUCGUCCACAUAGACACUGAUACUUAUCACACAUGAGGACCAGGCAUAGACCCAUACAGAAUGGAACAGUGAUGUGCACAGAUGGUUGUAAGCACAUUGAGAGGAGCCUAAUCAAACUCAUUAUCAGGACACUGGUGGAAGUUUUGGCUCCAUCGCUGUGAUUACUUCCUGGACUGCAAAAAAAAAAAAAAAAAAAAAAAAGACUACCAUCAGAGGAAAGGGUGACUGUAAUGUCAUAGCAGAUGGCAUGUUACCAUACAUGCAGCCAAGAAAAUGUCUGGCUCCAGAUUAAAAUCUGUUUGGCUUCCAGUAGAGAGGUCUUUUUUAAAACCUUUGACUUGUUUUUUCUGAUUCUAACUUAAAUAUGCUAUUCAGUCAGUAUUGCCACUCAUCAACAUUCCAUUCAUUCUCAGAAAAAAAGAAAUAAACUAUUUCAUAGCUUUUCUUGUUACUUAAAGUCAUAUCUUGUGAAAACUGCAUGUAUUUUGUGGAUUUACUAACAUAUUCUAAGAUCAAGUCAGUAAUGAGGACUAGACUCCAUGUUUCAGUAUCAGCUUGACAACAGUAACGCCUGUAGUAACAAUUCAUGGUUUUUUUCUUCAUUUUUUUCAACAGACAUAGUUCUGUUUUGUUUGCUUUUUUAUUAUCAAGGAGCUCUUUAAGAGCUCAGCAUUACUUUCCCUUUUCUUCCUCAUGAGUUAUUCUUUGGUUUUAUUGACCCAACAGUAUCUUCUUGAUCAGUUUCUAUGCCAUUGCUAUUUAUUUUACAGCCACAUACUUUGUCAUACUCAUUUGCAGAGAAUAUGUAAUCACACACUUCUGUGAUGUUAACAGAAAGUGUGACCCCUGUGAGAUAACUCUGUUUUAUUGAAGUAAAAUUCUGAAUGUUUCCCUAAAAAAAGAUAUUUGAGGGCAGGUCAGCUAGUGUGCUUGUCCAACAACACAGAAAUCUGGCAUCAUUUUUCUCACUUGCUGCAUGCUGUAAGAAAGGAAUGUCCUAAUGUCUCAUUUUUUUAAAUCCAGCAGUAAAAUGAUUGUUCAAUGAU